AUGUACUCUGCCCUGAUCAGACAAACCAUCAAGCCCUCGGGGCUGCAUAUCACCAGGCUCGCUCGCGCCAGCUUCGCUGACAAAGUUCAAUCACGUACUCCUCCCUCCGGUGGAGAUGAAUACUUUGUGACCACCACUUUCCCCGACGAUUUUGAAUCGUCGCCCUUGAAGCCCGAUGCCCAGGGUACCAAGACGAAUGUGAAGGGAUUUAAGGAGGCGAUGCAUGAAGCUUCGGCUCAGGCGAAACAGGCGCAGUCUCCUGCAGCGCAGCGUGCGAAGAGCGAAAAGGACAAACUUCCAUCAGAGAUGGAGAAAGAACCUGAGUUGGAUGAGAUGUGA